AUGGUUCCCGUCGACUUUCCAUCAACAACAUUCACCGAUGUGGUCGUUGAAUUCUUUUCUGGACGUCGCGACAAGCAGACCGUAUUUCACUCGAUCGAAGCUGUGCUAAAGUCUCUAAGACAGCCUCCGUCCUUCAAAAAUAACAUCAGAUUAGCAAUCAUCGAAUCAGCCACUCGUACGGUGGAUGAAAAAGCUGAUCUGAUCAAAAGUAUCAAGAUUGAAACCCCCUAUGUCAACUAUCCCAUUGCCGAUCGCCAUAUCAUGGCUGCGACUGAUGGUCCACGCAUAACACACUCAUGGUACUUCCCGGAUCCGGAAAUGCCUUCUCAGUCUUCCAGUGAAUCUGGCGACGGAUGCUACACUCCCGACUCAGAGCCUAGCAGUCCGAUAGAAGAACACAACAGCAAUCAACAAUCUCUUGCUGGAAGAGUACCAUCACACAGAGACGCUUCCGAAAACAUUACUCUGAGUGACAUUGCAGACAGCCUUGCAUGCGUAUCUGUCUUGACUGGAAUCGCUGGAGCUUUCUUUGACAUCGUUUCAUACCUCAGAGCCAAUCCCAAUCUCCUCAGAUUUGAGCCAUGGACUGUGGUCCUCGACGUCUGUUUCACGCAUAUAUGGAAACAGGCUUGUCUCUUUGGGUUUCCGGUUCUUAUGUUCUUCAGUCUUAUACAGAUGUAUCGAAGGAGAAGAGGCUAA